CAUUCAUCAUGCAUCCGUCAGCCUCGAGAACUGUGGGCGGCCAAGGCGGAGCUAAACUCACACGAGCAUUAGUCUCCCUGGCUUCAACUUGUCAAAGAAGACCUCCAUCAGCCCUAUUAACCUGCCCUACGACAGUUUCUCAAGGCUGUUGGUUUUCUUCUUUUAUUUUUCGACUUCACGCCUUAUUUAACAUCCUUGAAUAUGUUGAGCGCGUAACGGAAAAAAAGAGGUUGAAAGCUCCAUGCCCCGAAAGCGCUCUGGGAACGACGUCAAGGUGCUGCUGCAAGAUAAGGGGGACGGGGUUCGCUCUAAAGUUCCGGCAAACACGACCAACACAACCCCCUCCUCCUCCUCUGCCUAUGAGCGAGCGAGAUUGCUUGAAUCGCGGACGAAGGUACUGCUUUAGUACUUAUGAUGCCCUCCGACAAAGUUUACAAGAAGAGACCUCAUCGCAAGGUAAAAAGUGGAUGUAUAAUCUGCAAGCGUCGCAAGAUAAAAUGUAACGAAGAGAAGCCGCAGUGUGCGAAUUGCGCACGGUAUUCGGCAGAAUGCAUCUAUCCAUCGUUGUCUUCUGAGGUUGUUACAAGCAAUGGGGUCAUGAUAUCUACGACGCCGCCUUCUGUGCAAACUCCUGAGAGCAUGCCUUAUGACGAACCGGUUACCCCGCAGUAUCCCAUCGGAUCUGGCGAUAUACCUAUGCGCGAUCUUGCUUUGCUGCAUCACUGGACAUGCUCGACGAGCCUGGGUUUUGGCGACGACUUCCCUGGUGCUGCUGAUCCGUGGCGCAUCGAUGCGCCUAUCAUAGGACAAAGGUUCCCCUUUCUGAUGCGAGGAAUUCUAUCGAUUGCGGCUAUUCAUCUUGCCAGAAUAUCGAGCGACCUACCAACAAGACACAAGUAUAUUAGGUUGGGCGCAUACCACCAAGAUCUCGCACUGCCGGAAUACAGAAAGGCACUCACGGACGUGACUGAAGAAAACGUGGCCGCAGUCUUGGUGUCUGCUGCCUUAGCGAUGGUCUAUUCUUUCGCUGCCCCCCCAAAAGAUUCGUCCUCAGCAUACAACCACGACGCUCGAGGGUGGUUGUUCCUGCAUCGUGGAGUACGUGAGAUUCCACCGCAGUGGGCCGAAUGGAUAACCAAAGGCCCUUUCAAAGACGAGAUGCGCCGGCGAACACUACCGCGAGUCGAUCCCACACUGAACCCGGAGGAUUAUCGACUCGUGCGCUUGUACACGUUAAUAUCGCAGCUACCUGUCGAAGAACGAGAGCAACGACCGCACUACGAAGACGCCAUAUACUGGCUCCGACAGGCAUUUGCCCAUGUUUACGCGCCGCCCGAGGUCCACCUUGGCUUCAAAUAUGCUAUGUUACUUUGGAUUGAGAGAAUUCCACAGGGGUUUACGGAUCUCAUACAGAAGGAAGAGCCGCUCGCGUUUGUCCUUCUUGCGCACGCCUACGUGCUGAUAAAACGCACGGAGGCUUGUUGGUGGAAUCCUGGUCUCGCCAAAUACCUCAUGUCGGAACUACAGGACCAUCUGAGUGCAGACCUCCGGCCUUGGGUGGCUUGGCCUCUGCAAGUUUGCGGGUUGACUUGAAUGUUUCAUAACAUCAUCCGACUCAGCACCACAUAGGAGAGGUUGGAAGUUGCCGCCACCCGCCAUGCCACACUUAGCUCAUGUCUGGCUACGUAGCACUACGCAAAUGUGUUACACAUGACAUAAAGGCAACGGGACGGUAAACGACAAACGACAAACGAAAACCAGACGCGCGCAUGCCCACGUUCUGCUAUUUCCCGGAGUGGACAGUGGUCGCAUUCCGGAUGUGCCUCCUACCAAAUCACCGUUUGCUCUGCAUCUAGUGACAGGCUCGGGAUGCGGAACAAGCGGUUAAUCUGAUCGAUCAGA